AUGCGCUAUACUUCACUCGCCGUUGCCUUCCUUGUAUGUACCCUCGUGGUAUCUGGAAGUGUGAUCCGUGAAAAGAGACAGUGUGGAUGUGCUCAGCCACAGCAGAGCCAGUGCUCAUGCCAACAAGUUCAACAGACUCAAUCUUGCUCAUGCCAAUCUGCUCCAGUCCAACAACAAUCCCCAUCCUGCUCUUGCGCUCAACCACAACAAACCCAAACUAUCCAGGUUCAAGCUACUCAAUGCGCUCCAGCCUGCCAACAGAGCUGCACACAACAGUGCCAGUCCACCCCAUCGGUGUCCCAAUGCCAACCACAAUGCCAACAACAAUGCCAAACCCAAUGCGCUCCAAUGUACAACCCACCAACCACCACUACCACCACCCAGGCUCCAGUUGUUCAGUACCAACAGUGCCAACCAGUGUGCCAGCAACAAUGUCAAUCCACCUGUACCCAGCAACAACAGCCAGCUGCUCAGUGCCAACCACAAUGCCAGCAGCAAUGCAAUGUUGCUUGUGAUGCUCCAUCCACCACCACCCAGGCUCCACAAGUGAUCCAAAUCCAACUCGAGAUCCAACAAGCUCAAGCCCAAUGCCAGCCACAAUGCCAACAACAGUGCCAGUCAUCAUGUGUCCAACAACAACAACCAUCCAACCAAUGCGACUCUACCUGUAACACACAAUGCUACAACAUCUGCCAACAAACUGCCCAGGCUACUCAACAAGUCGUCUACAACCAAAACACCAACACCCAGAUGUACAACCCAUACAACAACCAAGGAUCCAACAACUGUGAUCCAGCUUGCCAGCCUGCCUGCGACAACUCCUGCACUUCCCAACAAGCUCAGCCAGUCUACCAACAACAGGCUCAGCCUACCUACCAGGUUCAAUCUACCGCCGCCCCAAUGUACGAUCCAUACAACAACAACCAAGGAUCCAACAACUGCGCUCCAGCUUGCCAGCCAGCCUGUGACAACUCCUGCACUCAACAAGCUCAACCAAUGUACCAACCAUACGAAACCACCACUGGAGCUCCAGCCCAAGUCAUUGAGAUCGUCCUCCAAACCUCUGUUGCUCAAUCUGCUCAAUGUGCUUCACAAUGCGAACAGUCCUGCCAGCAGCAAUGUGUCCAACAACAACAGCCAGCUGCUCAAUGCCAGACUGCAUGCCAGUCUUCCUGCUCCAACUCCUGCCAAGCUGCUCAACCAGCUACACAGGCCUGCCAACAGACCCAACAGAACUCGUGCUCCUGCCAAGCCAACUACUCUCCAUGCGGAAAUGGACAAUGCUGCCGCAGAAAGUAA